AUGAUUACAGAGGCGACCUGGAAAAAGAUAUCAUUCGCACUGGUCCAGGAACCCUACAUUGGUCGUAUAGGCGAGAUGAAGAAGUACCCAGGGACACGAAUAAUACAAUGUCACCGAGAACCCAACACCGAAAAGGUGAUCAAGGCAGCCAUUGUAUUGUUCGACGACACCAUUAACAUAACCCAGUGUCCCGAUCUAACAACGGAAAAUAUAGCAGUCGCCAAGUUGAGGACAGGGACCUGGGAGAUGGGAGUGGUGUCUGUCUAUCUGGAGUGCAACAAACCAAUCGUCCCAUACCUGGACACGAUCGAAAAGGCCGUGGAAGCUUUGGGGAAUGUAAACGUGAUAUUUGGUGGAGACGUGAACGCAUGGAACACCUGGUGGGGAAGCCGAGAGACGGAUAGUAGAGGAAUGGAGGUGGCUGCCAAGCUCGACGAAUUGGAGCUUCACCUACUCAACAGGGGAACUGAUCCCACCUUUGACACCAUCAGGGGUGGGAGAAGGUUUACCAGCUGUGUGGACAUAACUACCUGUUCGACGCGCCUGCUAGGGAGGGUAGAAAACUGGAGGCUUUCUGAAGAGAUAACUGGUUCGGACCACAGGGCAAUACUAUUCGACAUCAAUUUAGAAAAGUCAAUUGGCACCGACAUAGAUAGAACAACAAGAAAAUUUAACACUAAAAACGCAAACUGGAGCGAGUUUCGUGAGAAACUCCUCCAUAUUUGGAGCAGAAAAUCAAUUAACAAAAUAGAAAUAGACAAGAUAGAAACCAGAAAAGAACUAGAAACAAAAAUAGUAGAAGUGACAAAUGCAAUAAUAGAAGUGUGUGAAAAAUAUUUACCCAAAUUAAAAAACAAAAAACGCAUGGGGUUGCCCUGGUGGACCGAGGAGUUGACAAAGCGCAAGAAGGAAGUCUCCAGACUAAAGCGUCGUAUAUCAUAUGCAGCACCAAUUCGUCGAGAGUGGGUGGUGGAACAGUACCUUAAUGCAAAGAACGAGUACCAUCAUGAAGUCAAAAGCGCCCAAACUUCCAGCUGGAAGGACUUUUGCAGUAGACAAGAACGAGAGUCAAUGUGGGAUAGUAUCUACAGAGUGAUAGGCCGCACAACACAGAGGCAGGAGGACGUUCCUCUUGCCCUGAAUGGGAGAAUCAUGGGAAAUGAAGAAUCAGCAAAGACUCUGGCUGAGACUUUCUAUCCGGAUGAUGAUGUUCGGGAAGAUGAUCCAGGACACAGGCAGAUAAGAGAGACAGCAGGAGUAGUAAAUGAAGGGUCACAUGAUGAUUCAUGUGACCCACCUUUUACCAUGGAAGAGCUAAAGUGGUCUGUGUCUGGUUUCAACCCUAAAAAAGCACCAGGAUACGACGGUCUCACAGCUGACAUUUGUGAAGCAGCAAUUGGUUUGGAUCCGACAAUGUUUCUGGCGCUUGCCAAUAAAUGUCUCAGUCUGGCACACUUCCCCAGAAAAUGGAAAGAGGCAGUUAUAGUGGUACUACGGAAACCGGGAAAAGUAGACUACACACAUCCCAAGUCUUAUAGACCAAUUGGACUGCUCCCUGUCCUGGGAAAAAUUUUCGAAAAGAUGUUGGUUCGAAGGAUAAAAUGGCACAUCAUUCCCAACAUCAGCAGUAAACAAUAUGGUUUCAUGCCACAGCGCAGUACCGAAGACUCCCUCUAUGACAUGAUGCAGCACAUAAAAUCCAAAUUGAAGAACAAAGAAUUGAUUGUACUCGUAUCCUUAGACAUAGAGGGAGCCUUCGAUAACGCUUGGUGGCCAGCAAUAAGAUGCAGACUAGCAGAGACGAGGUGCCCAAUAAACCUAAGGCGCCUCAUAGACAGUUACUUCGAAGACAGAACAGUAUGCAUCAGGUACAGUGGAGCGGAAUGGGUCAAAAAGACAACAAAGGGAUGUGUGCAAGGCUCGAUAGGAGGUCCUAUUUACUGGAAUUUGUUGCUCGACCCACUAUUAAAGGAGUUAAGCGACAAAGGGGAAUACUGCCAGGCAUUCGCAGACGAUGUGGUCCUGAUGUUCUCCGGGCAGCGGGCAUUAGAUGUGCAAGAGCGAGCCAACGCAGUUCUCGCACAUGUUCAGAAGUGGGGAGUCAGAAAUAAGCUUAAAUUUGCGCCGCAUAAAACAAAAGCUAUGGUGAUCACAAAUAAGAUAAAGUAUACCGCAAACUGUUGCGGAGUCUGCAGAAGUUUGCAUAAAAGAGAAGAGCAUCCCAGCCAAUAA